CACUUUUUGAAAUAAGUGCACCGCUCACAACCAACCGCGCGCACGGAUCGAAGGAAUCUUUCCCCUCCCCAACCGGUACUCCAAAUUCUUCUGCACAAACCCCACCCACGCCUCUCUUCUUUCUCUAAAUUAAUGCAAUCCAAACUAAGCUCCUUCUUCAAGCCUUCGUUUUCAUCUUCACAAGCCGCCGCCGCAGCGCCUGACCCACCGUCCGGCGAUGUCACCACUUACAGCCGCCGCAAAGCUCCCAGAUCCAGUAAUGGGGAUCGGAAAAGUGAAAGCGCUAGAGGAUCUGGAUUCGAUCUGGUAGACGCGUCUGACUCAGGUGAAGUCUGCUCAAAACCUCAUCCAAGGAAUCCGGGUGGGAAGGUUUUGGGCAAGAAGAGAAGCUACGCGCAGCUCCAUUUAGAUUUGGGGCAAUCGGAUUUCAAUCUCCGAAGCUGCUCCUCUUGUGGGUUUCAUUACGCUGCGGGAGAUGAUCAGGAUGAGAAGGUCCAUAAAUCAUUUCACAGAAACUUCACCCAUGGUAUUCCCUUCCGGGGUUGGCAGAACGAAAGGGCUGUGCCCAUGGCUUGCAGUGGAGGGGACCGUAUAAUUUUGAUACUGAAUUCUGAUGCUUCGCCUCAUAAAACCAAGGUUAAGGAUGUAAUAAAGAUGAUGGAGAUUGAGCUCCAUGAUGGGUGGAUUUUUCAUGAACUCUGCAAGGUCUAUCUAUACGUUUCAUCCAACCGAAUUGCUGGUUGCCUGGUUGCUGAACCAAUAAAAGAAGCAUUCAAGAUGAUUUCUCCUUCAUCCACAGAUAAAAAGGCAGAUUCUGGAACUAUUAGAAAGUAUUCAAGGUCAAACUCAGGGGGAUCUCUCAAGUUCGGAGAUGUCAUCUUCAAAAGGGAAGCAGCCACAAAGAAGAUUACCGCGGUUAGUUCCCAGGAGAUGAUUAUUACUGGCGCAGUUGUGUGUGAAGAGAAAUCUGUUCCUGCUGCGUGUGGCAUCAGAGCAAUCUGGGUUACUCUCUCAAACAGAAGAAAAGGAAUCGCCACUCAACUACUGGAUGCUGCUAGGGAAAGUUUCUGCGAGAAUUGCAAGCUUGAACGCUCUCAGUUGGCAUUCUCGCCUCCAACUUCAGCUGGAAGGCCUCUGGCCUGUGCUUAUGUUGGAAAUGAGCCACUCUUACUUUACAAAGCGGACCCUAUUCCUAAAGCAGAUGACUGAAGAGAGCAGCAGUUUGUCAAAGCUUGGCACUGAGUCAUAGGCAGCAUUCAUCCAUUUCUUAGACAGUAAAAAAAGAAAUCAUAUGGAUUGUAGUAAUAUUUCAGAAGUCUUGUUUCUUUGUUCCUAUCAAGUUGUAAACUUGGCAAGUGGUCGUGAACAAUGAAUUGCUUGCUGGUUUCUUUCUAAAAUUGGUUCCCCAUAAACACCGAUAUUUGAUGACAAAACGUUCAUUACUGAGCACAACCGACACUAGAGAGUGAGCCAUCUCCUCAUGUUCAUACUUCUCUACUCUUC